AUGAAUGUUCUAUUAUGUUACAUCAACACAUUAAACAGAUUCUAUGAUAUAUCGGCUGUGGAAGUAGGUCAACAUUUCUAUUGGCAAAUAGGGGAUUUUCAAGUGCAUGCUCAAGUACUUAUUACCUCUUGGGUUGUAAUUGCUAUCUUAUUAAUUUCAACCAUUCUAGUUGUUAGAAAUCCGCAAACUAUUCCCACGUCUGGUCAGAAUUUCUUUGAAUAUGUCCUUGAAUUCAUUCGAGACGUGAGCAAAACUCAGAUUGGAGAAGAAUAUGGUCCAUGGGUUCCGUUUAUUGGAACUCUGUUUCUAUUUAUUUUUGUUUCGAAUUGGUCAGGGGCCCUUUUGCCUUGGAAAAUUAUAAAGUUACCUCAUGGAGAGUUAGCUGCACCCACAAAUGAUAUAAAUACUACUGUUGCAUUAGCUUUACUUACGUCAGUAGCCUAUUUCUAUGCGGGUAUUUCAAAAAAAGGAUUGGCCUAUUUUGGUAAAUACAUCCAACCAACGCCAAUCCUUUUACCGAUUAACAUCUUAGAAGAUUUCACAAAACCCUUAUCACUUAGUUUUCGACUUUUCGGAAAUAUAUUAGCGGAUGAAUUAGUAGUUGUUGUUCUUGUUUCGUUAGUACCUUUAGUAGUUCCUAUCCCUGUUAUGUUCCUUGGAUUAUUUACAAGCGGUAUUCAAGCUCUUAUUUUCGCUACUUUAGCUGCGGCGUAUAUAGGUGAAUCCAUGAAUCCAUUUUAG